AUGCCAGAUAAUACCCAAGAUGAAGCUCCUGCCACUGGAGGCAGAAGAUCGUCUAGACCAAUGCCAUUGCCAGGCUCCCGAGGAGCCCCUAACUUUGACAAGGAAAAACCCAUUGAGCUGUCAAGAUUCAUUGACCAAAUGGAGGACUUGUUCACAGAGCAUGGUAUCAAUGAUGAUCAAGAAAAGAAGAAACAAUUAGGAAGGUACACGGACCAAAAGACGGAAUUCGAAUGGCGAGCAUUCAACACGUUUGCUCCUGAAGUUGAAUACAAGGAGUUUAAACAGGUGUUGAUCAAUGACUAUCCAGAAGCAAAGAUGGCAGGAAAAGGAACACUGGCAAAUUUAAGAAAAAUUUGUAAAGACCAUCAGUGCAUCAAUAUUGAUGACUUUAUUGCACUUAAAAACCUUACCAGAAGCUUCUGGGCAGAACAAAAAUUACUCUUGAUGCCACCCGCCUUGGACGUGCACAAGGGAUUAGCUCUUCAAGUAAUACCCGGGUUGGUGUCAAUGCAACAGAAACACGGACAACACGAGAGCAUCACAUGCAUAAUAUGCCAGUACAUAAAAGUUGCAUUACUCAUGGAUAAAAUUACAUCAAGUGAAAAAGCACAAAUGAGUGCUUUCCAAGCAUCUAGACAAGAAAUGAACAAAUUAACUGAGAUGUUAAUGACCCAGCAUGUUACCUCAGCACCCACCAUGAGGCAGACACAGCCUACUUGGAGAAUGGGUUCAGACAGAUGCUGGUACUGUGAAGAAACAGGGCAUUUCACAAUGAAUUGCCCUCAUAGAGAAGAACAUAUUAGAACAGGAAAAAUUAAAAUGUCUGGUCAUAAGAUGUUCUGUGCACUCACAGGUCAACCAGUACCUAGAGGGACAAAUGGGAAGUCUGCUAAGAUGAUUGUCAAAGAAGCUAGCAAUAAAGAUAUGAUGGCGCAAAGCAACAUGUUUGCAUCGCCUGGAGAAAUUUACACCCAGAACAGUGGAGAGCCAGGUAUCGUCCAGUUGGGAAUAGAUGCUCGAGUUAAAUCAGUAUACACCAACCAGAUUAGAGACUCAAGAGAUGAUCUUUUAGAUAAAAUGGCUACUCGAAUUGAUACACUGUUGGGUAAUAAUGUGCCGGCACAGGUGUAG